AUGAAAGACUGGUUUUCGAUUGGGCCUUCUCGCGGCUCAUUCAAAAUGCUACAAAGCAAAACUUCAAAAGGCCAGCCAAUGUAUGCACUUUGUUGGGCCGACCGCAAGCCAAAAUGCAUUAUUUCCAAUCGUGGUACGUCUCUUCCUGGUACAGACAGCUACGAGCGUAGAAUAGAACGACCUCAAAUGGGCGAGCUGCUCUUUUCAAAAAUUUCCGCUAUUGACGUACACAACCAUCUACGACAAGGAUGCCUCGAGAUGGAGCGACCAUGGCUCAUCAAACAGUGGCAUCAUCGCUGCUUGGACUCAACCAUCGCAAAUUUCAAUUCGUUCAUCUCGCAGUUGGCCCACCAACUAAUUUUCAGCAGCUUCAUAAUGCACUCUUUAGCUCAAUACCAGCGUCUUAGUGGAGCAGCUUUGCAGGCUCAACGAAAGUGUGGAGUCUGUGGAAAGAAGGCAUCAUUUUACUGCGUUGGCUGCUCAGACCCACUCAUAAACCAGUUCUUCGGCGUGUGUAGGCUAAAGACAAACCGAAACUGUCAUUGCGCAUUCUCCUUACGUAUAAAUCCAUCCCAUACAUUUUUUUAUAAUUGA